CUCCGGUCUCCUUUCGGCACUGCACAUGCAUACAGAGGUGAAAGGUCACGAACAUGGCGCUGGCCGCCCGUCUCCUGCCUCUCCCCGGCCGGGCGACCCUUCUCCGGGCUCUCAGUACCACCGAGGUGAGGCUGUCGCCAACUGAACUUUGCUGCCUGUGUCGCCGCCGCCUGGGCUCAAGCGCGGCCCCGACCCCUUGCUGCACUUGGGCCCGGGCAAGCCCGGCUCUGCGUUCCUGGGGGCCCCGGAGGCCCCUGCUCCGCCGGGCAGAACUUCCUCCAGCCCUCGCUUCCUUACCCGCUGCUCCCAGCCGCAGCUACAGCACCGAGGAGCAGCCCCAGCAACGCCAGAAGACCAGGAUGAUCGUUCUGGGCUUCUCCAACCCCAUCAACUGGGUCCGGACUCGGAUUUACGCCUUCCUUAUCUGGGCCUAUUUCGACAAGGAGUUCAGUGUCGCUGAGUUCACUGAGGGGGCGAAGCAGGCUUUUGCUCAUGUAUCUAAGUUGCUGUCACAGUGUAAAUUUGAUCUAUUGGAAGAACUUGUAGCCAAAGAGGUGCUACAGGUAUUAAAAGAAAAAGUCACUUCACUGUCUGAUAACCAUAAAAAUGCACUUGCUGCCGAGGUAGAUGACAUUGUCUACACAUCAACAGGGGACAUCUCCAUUUACUAUGAUGAGAAAGGAAGGAAGUUCGUUAACAUCCUGAUGUGCUUUUGGUAUCUGACUAGUGCCGACAUCCCCACUGAGUCCAUAAGUGGAGCCAGUGUGUUCCAGGUGAAGUUGGGGGAUCAGAGCGUGGAAAGUAAACAAUUGCUUAGUGCAAGCUACGAAUUUCAGAGGGAAUUUACACAAGGAGUAAAGCCUGACUGGACUAUUGCACGGAUUGAACACUCAAAGUUACUAGAAUAAUCUUUCUUGGAACAAAUCAGGGUGUGAACUCUUAAUAAUUGCUGUGAAAAACUAAGGAAGAAACUUUUCUGGAUCAGUUGAUUUUCACUUAGUUAAGUCUGUGGAUUAAUUUUGUAUUAUUUGGAAAUAUUCCUUGCAGUAUAUUGACAUGAUACAAUAAAACAUUUUCCACAGAUUGAUAGUGGUCUUUAAAGGAGGUCAAAGUAAAAGACAAAACUACGACACCACAUUGGUGUCAUGUUUAGUGUCAUUCUAAUGGUACAUAUGUAUAUAUGUAAACAAAACUACAGCACUACAUUGGUGUCUUUGUCUUUCUAAUGUUUUAUAUGUAUAUAUGUCACAGACUAAUUUUAUAGACACGAAUUAUUGAAACUACUUGUGUAUCUCUACAUUAACAAUCCUAAGUUUCUGUAAGAUCUUAAGUUGCUGUGGCCUGACAUGUUUUAAGCACUAUCUAGAUAGAAAGACUGGAUAGAACUAUAGCAGCUUGACAUCUGUAGAGCUUCCAUGUUUGUUAACUGUUCACAACAGUGAAGAAAUGAAGCCAGCCUAGAUGCCAUGGACACUGGAGUACGUGAAGAAAAUGUGGUGCAUACACACAAUGGGAUCUUGUUCACCUGUGAAGAAGAAUGAAUUCAUGACAUUUGCAAGCAAAUGAAUGGAACUGGAGAUCAGUGUGUUUGGUGAAAUAGUUGAGACUGAGACAAAAAUUGCGUGUUUUAUAUGCAGAGUCUAGAUUUAAAUUUGUGUGCAUUGGCAUAGGCAUGAAAGUACAGAGAGUACUAACAGUGGGGAGGAAGAUAGUAGAACACAUGUGAAGCAGGAUAGGAAACUGAAAGGGAGGUGUAAGUUGGGGAAAGAAGGAAGGCUGGAGAGGGCACAGGAGGGUGGCAGGGGACAGAGAUGAAUAUGAAUAAAGUAAAAUGUGUGUGUGCAUGUGAGAAUGCCAUGGUGUAACUCAGUACUUGGUAUAGUAACUCAGUAAAAACAAUGAGGUAAGCAUUCAUUAGGAAACUUACACACAGGAACACACAAUCAAUCAGGAGUGGAGUACCGCUUCAGCCAAUGCAUGAAGAGAAUCUUACAUGCUUGACUUUGAACUCCUAAAGGCUAGGUCAAGAAGACAAAGCAACAUGUUAAGAAAAAAAAGGGGCUAAGGGUUUUCCUAAUUGAUGAAAACUAUAAACCAACAGCCAAGAAAUUCAACAAGCAGGACUACACAUUUUUUAAAUUAUUUUUCUUUUAUUUUUGAGAUUAUGAUCUACUUGUUUCUCCCUUCCUCCUUUUGCACUCUCCCAUAUAUCCCUCCUUGCUCUCUUUCAAAUUCACGGCCUGUUUUUCUUGACUGUUGUUACUUGCGUGUAUGUUUUCAGUGCUGACCAUUUGGUAUUGGACAACCAAUUGAUGUGUUCUUUCUUGGGGAAGACUAUUUCUCCCAUUCAGCAUUUGUUAGUUGCCUGUACACCAUUGUGUAGGGGAUAGUACAUUUUUUAAAGUCUUGUAUAUCAGUGAAAUGAUCUGAAACCAGGCAGUAUAUUGCAAAAACAUCUGGAAUGCAGGGGGUGGGGAAUGGAUAUUCCAUACACAGAAACCAAGCUAAAAAUGAACACAGACUUCUUAAAUUUUAGUGGGAGAUAUUGGAUAAAUCUUUAAACACUGGCACACAGUGCCACCUUUAUAAUAAAUGAAUAUGACAAAAGGCUGCCAGAAACUAUGAACAAAUUUGUCGCAAAUAGACAUGUUUCAUCAGAAUUGCUAUGGACCAUUGAAUAAAAUGGAAUCCAGAAAUUGAAACACAUACUUGAACAGCUGAUUUUACAAAGGUAUCAAAAUAAUUUAAUAAGGAAAAGAAUUUUCAAUAAAUGAAACAAUUGAAGUUUCUACAAGAAAGGAGUUUAAACUCUUGGCUCCCAAUUUUGGUGCAAAGCUCAAAUUAAAAAAUGGAUGGUAUACUUAAAAGCCAAAAGUAGAAGUUCUAGAAAGAAACAGGAGAAAUUUUGCUUUUUGGAGAAAGGAAGGGUUUUGUUUUGUUCUUUUGGUGUGUGUGUGUGUGUGUGAGUAAAGAUAACUAGGAAAGAUAAUUUCAAAUUUAAUAUUAAGUUGAAAUUGCUCUUUGAAAGAUAGCAGUGGGAAUGAAAAAGCAGUUCCCAGGUUGUGAGGAGAUGCUCAUAAUAUGUGUAUCUUGCAGAGGCAUAACCAGAAUGAAUAAAUAAAUCCUUAGAGUUCAAUAACAAAAUGCUGAACAGUGGCAAUUGUGAAGUGGUGUUCUCUAUGAAAGUUAAGUCAGCUCCACAGGCAUCGGGAAUACAAAGAAGACACAAACCACUACAAACUCAUCAGGAUAGUUUCCAACAACUGCUACUUCAGUCUUGAUUUCUAUUGAUGGCAACAACCAGCCUAGGUGAGUCCUAGGGUUUACUUUUGGGUCAGUUUGACAGGUAACAAGUUAAAUGGCUGAGCUUGGUGAUGGCCUUCUUAGAAGGCCUUACCUGUGGAGAUACAGAAGCACCCCAGUGUAUAUAUAUUCUUUACAAGUCACCAGGCUGUCGUGGAAGUUCCACCCAAUGACCUUAUUCAAGGCCCUACCUCCAAACACUAUAGAUUAAAUUUCACUCUCCUCAUAAACUACAAUAGGGAUCAGGGUGCCAUACAUACUGCCUGUGAGUAUUCAGACCAUGUGCCAACCAACAAAACUGCUGACACCAGCUGUUGAAGACAUGGAGUAACUGGAAUUCCUGUAAUUGCUGGUAAAUGGACAAAAACAGUGCAGGCACUGUAGAAGAGUGUUGGACAACUUCUUAUAAGAUUAAAUAUAGACUUACCAUAGGAUCUGUGGUACUUUGAGAAGUCAACCCCCUGGAUUCACAUACUAAACACUCAAUCCCUGGUUGGUGAUGUUUGUAAAAUUAUGGAACAAAGGAAGGUGUGGAACCUUGUUGGAGGAAGUGCAUCACCUCAGCUGACUUUGAAAGUUUAUGGUAUCAUUCCACUUCCACCUUCAUGCUUGAAAAUGAUCACUCAAGCUUCCUGCUCUGGCAAGCACUGUCAUGGCCGCAGGCCCCCUGCCAUUGUGUACUCUCCCUCUGAAACUUAAACCAGAAUAUUCCUUUUUUGGUCCUGGUGUUUCAAGACAACAAAAAGCAAGGCAGGAACCCUAAAUUCUAUUCUCAAGACAUGUACCCAAGAAAGGUGAAAACAAAUUACUUGUACAAGCUUUUUUGUUUGUUUUCUUAUUACCUCCAAACUAGUCAGGCCUGAAGUAAACACCAAAUGGAGAGCUACACAAGCCCAAGAACUGCUUAUUUGUGAGGAAUUUUAGCAAAGGUAGUCUAUAAUGACAACUCAGUGGGUGCUUGAGACUAUGAAACCAGAGUUGGGGUGCAAGGGUACGUGGAGGUUUGAUUGCGUGUGUCCAAAGGAGGUUUGGGGCUGUGAUAAAAAUGGUGUAUAUCAAGUAGGGCUGGUUCCUUACCUUUAUACAAUUAAGACUCAUCAAAGUCAGCUUAAUAUGGGAGAAUCAUGCUAUAUUAUUUUGUGUUUGUGCAAAUUAUAACUAAAACUUAUAGCAAGAAAGUGUUUCAUAUAAAAGUAAGAUGAAAUGAUCCUAUUUUUGUAAAGUAUUAAAAACCUAAUCUAUAUUCCCUCUAAAGUUAGAUCUAAUCUUCAUGUAAUUUCACUUAAUACAUCAUAGAUGAAAUACAGCUACAUGAAAUGAAAAAGAUAAUAGCUAAAGUGGAUAGGACUAAAAUUGCCGCAAAUUAUCACUUGCUAUCAAGUUUUAAGAUGUAUCCCGAAAGAUUUUAAAAUGGAUGAGGAAAGUGAGUUACAAUCAUGGGUUUCUGUUUGUCAGUUAUACUUCAGUAAAGCUAGAGGCAGCAUGGCGGGGAGGGAUGUCUAAUGCCUUUGUAAUUUCAGUGAAAUGGAGAAUUCUUUAGAAUCAAUAAACUCCUAGUGUACAGAAAAUAAAAUUACUUGGGAAAUAUUCUUGUAUGAGAAAAACACCACCAAAGACACCUAGACUAAUGAUCAAAGGACAAAGGAGCCAACAUGAAAGGGCAGCUACUAGAUAAACCAGUGUGAGCAUAAUGAGAUUAGGGGUCUCAUUGACUGCAACACAACAGUUUCUCAAAGCCAUUAGUUUCUUUCAAACCAAGAACAUUGGUUUGAAUACUUGGCAUGCCGUUAGGUAUUUAAUUUCAUAGAAUUAAUAUUGUUGUGAACUUGAUGGGAUCUAGUAUCACACAGGUGACAAGCCUCUGGGAACACCUGUGAGGGAGUUUCUAGAGUGAAUUAGUGAAGAUGGAAACUAUUCCCUGGGCUGAGCUGGUAGACUGAAUUAAAAGAAGGUGAGAUGAUCCUCUGCUUCGAUACUAUGGAUACAAUGUAACCAGAAGCCCAAAAUUCUGCCAUUCUGUCCCACCCCAACUAUGAACCCAAAUAAACCCUUUUGUUGUGGAAUAUUA